AACUGUGAUCGUAGUUAAGCGUACUUGUUUAAUUUUCAUCCUUAUCAAAGUCCUUUUUAUUUACUAUAUCAAUAAAAGUCAUAUUAAAACGGGUAAUUUAGUUUUAACUGUGAUGUGUAAUAGGUACGUACUUAUUACGUACAAGAUAACUACCCACCUUGUAUUACUCAUUUUAUCUAUGUCCUUUAUCGGCGAGGCACGUUUACGAAGCGAAUUCAGUGUUGGUUGAAAGAGAAACAUUUUGCAAUAAUGUUUUGAGUGUUACACAAGUGAACGAUGGCUGUCGACCGGCUGAUUUGGAAGAUUGUAUUGGAUUUCGUUAUUUUGGCUGGCUUUGGUUUUGCGCUGCUAGCGAUCAGCUUAUGGGCCGAGCCGUACCACCGAGGCUACUUCGUGUCCGAUCAGUCCAUCCGUCUACCCUACAAGGAGCAGACCAUAUCUGAAGCUGUCCUAGCUCUAGCUGGGUUCGCUUUAAACGUUGCUACUAUAAUUGCAGUAGAAGUGGUCAGGGACAAACGUGGUAAAGGAGGUGGCGAGAAGUUCCUAUCAGGCUCUCUGAUCCCGGGAUGGUUGUGGGAGAGCUACAGAACUAUAGGCAUCUUCACCUUCGGAGCCGCCUGCCAGCAACUCACCUCCAAUUUCGCCAAGCCCGUCAUUGGCAGAUUGAGGCCACAUUUUUACGAUGUAUGCAGACCAGUUCCGACCAAUACUCCGGAAGAGUUCGAAUAUGUCACCAACUACACCUGCAACGGGCUGAGUGAUCUGGUCAAAGACGCCAGGUUGUCCUUCCCAAGCGCACACUCCAGCUUUUCUAUGUACUCUGCUAUCUUCUUCAUCUUCUACCUUCAAACAAAGUGUAAGUGGCGGGGCUCGAAGCUGCUCCGUCACGGGGUCCAGUACACGGUACUUCUGGCCGCGUGGUAUGUGGGUCUGUCGCGGGUCGCUGACCAUAUGCACCACUGGAGUGACGUCGCCGCUGGUUUCGCCAUCGGAGCGGUCUAUGCUGUUCUUGUUUUCAUCUUCGUGUUGAAACCCAAGAAGUAUGGUCUACCGGAGUCCUGGGCGGAGAACAACCAAGCAGACCUACCUCGACCAGUUGUAGCUCGGUGAUUACGUUUCAGACUGCGUGAUUCCACAGAAGAUUAUCGUCGUCUUAGUAAAAACCACGCAAGCGCCUUUUUGGAAAAUCACAUUUUGUUGCGGUUUUCUUCAACAAUACCUCGAUGUCUUUCCACCCGGGUAAUUGGAACCACAAUUUUACCUAGAUUAAAACUAGUGUGUAUAUUACGAGUUUUUGUGAACGAAAGUCACAUUCGAAUGUGAUUUUUCAAAAUCGCGCCUGCGUAGUUUUCACGAUAAAGCGAUAUAUUUCCACUUUCAUUUCCCUGGCUCUCGAAUUUCGGUCAGAACAUUUUUUUGGUAGACUGAGUUUACUGUUUACAGGAGUAUUAAGGUAAUGUGUACUUCUGUUCAGAAACGAUAUGAUGGACCAUAAUACGAGGAUCAAGCUGGUUACCUGUCACUAUGUUGAUCAUCAUUGGUUCCGUUUCCUGCAGCCUCCUAAUUUUAUUUUCUUAUCAUAUUUCAAAUCAAAUUAAAUCAAAUAUACUUUAUUGCACAGAAGUAAAUUUCAAUAAUCGGAAUAACACAUGAAUACAGUACAAUUUGGGCGGCCUUAUUGCUCUAGAGCAAUUUCUUCCAGGGAACCACCAAAAGGAAACAAACAUUAUAUUUCUUAUCCGUCGAAAAUGAAAAGGACGGCUAUUUGACAGGCUAAAUAUUUAUAGAACACAACUUAAUUUUAUAUAGAAAACUUAAACCUUUUCUAAAUUUUGACGUUGAUGUGUGCGCCAAUUAUAACCCGACAGAAUUAAGUUGACAGCACACGUCAAACGGUCUGCUCAAACACUGCUGUCCUAACCCCGAGCCAGGUUAAUGAGACUGAAACUUUUAUGGAAACCAUUUGACCAAAAACUUAAGCCAAUAAUGCAGGGUAAGUAUUAAAAUUGAGAACUAUAUAGGUACGUAAUCAGUAUAAGAACUUUAAGUACAAAAUGGCACGAAUGCAAAGGUGGGCAUAUACAAAUCAAUUCAAACACUUUUAUAUAUAAGAAAAUAAAAAAUAGUCGGUUUAUCUGUUUGUGCGUUAUAAUUACUUGUUUUUAACUUCAUAACAGUCCUCUGUUUUCGGUAGGGGUUUUUGUUAAAGGAAAUCGAAAAUGUGAUUCUCUACAAGGCUACGAUAUAAAAUAUCUUACAUACAUUUAUGCUCGAUUUGUUUCAGUUAAUUUUAACCCGGGUAAAAAUUGAGACAACAUUUUUUUACCUGUUUGUUUUGUUUUUUUUUUUUGUUU